CGUUUUCAAAAUGUGAUUGGUAACACUUCCGGAAACGGAAGUCUGUUCUCUGGAAGAAGCAGAAGCGCUUAUUUUGAAAUUAGUUAUUUUUCGUCAAGCAUUCAUUACGAAGAUUGUAAGUGGCAAGCCGGAGUUAUCUUUAACUAUUUGAGCAAUGGGUGUUAAUGAGCUGUGGUCCAUCCUGGAACCGGCGCGGGAGUCUGUGCCUCUGUACCACCUCUCUGGUAAAACCCUGGCAGUGGAUUUGAGCCUGUGGGUCUGUGAGGCCCAGUUUGUAAAAGAGAUGGUGGGGAGAGUUGCCAAACCACACCUGCGGAAUUUGUUUUUCAGGGUCUCAUCUCUUAUGCAAAUGGGGAUUAAGCUGAUUUUUGUAAUGGAAGGAGAAGCACCAAAAAUGAAAGCUGAGACAAUGUGCAAGAGAAAUCAAUUGAGAUUUGGGCCCUCCAAGAAGACAGCAUCUAAAAAACCAAGAACUGGCAGAUCGUACUUUAAGGCUGUCCUUAAAGAGUGUGCAGAGAUGCUGGACUGCCUGGGUAUUCCCUGGGUCAAUGCAGCAGGAGAGGCUGAAGCAAUGUGUGCCUACCUGGACUCUCUCGGCCUGGUCGAUGGGUGUAUCACCAAUGAUGGCGAUUCCUUUCUUUAUGGAGCCCAAACAGUUUACAGAAACUUCAAUAUGAGCACAAAGGAUCCCCAAGUGGAUUGCUAUUUGAUGGCAAAAAUUAAAUCUGAGCUUCACCUGACACGAGAAACUCUUGUGGGUUUAGCAAUACUGCUUGGUUGUGACUAUCUUCCCAAGGGUAUACCAGGUGUUGGAAAAGAACAAGCUCUAAAACUGAUAAAGACUUUAAGAGGACAAACACUCCUCCAAAAGUUCACUCAGUGGCAGAGUGAGGGGCAGGAUAUGCAGAAUUUGGUUGUGAAAAAGGUCACUCACUGCCUUGUGUGUCACCAUCCUGGCUCAGCUAAGACUCACGAGCGCAGUGGCUGUGCUCUGUGUGGCAGCCGACAAUUUUGCCAGCCCUCGGACUAUGGUCACUCCUGUCCCUGUGACUGGCAUCAGACAGAACAGGCACGACUGGCUAGUUCCACUGAAGCCAACAUUAAAAGGAAAACUUUAGCAAGUGAAGGGUUCCCUUUCAAAGAGGUAAUGAUAAUUGAUGAAUUCUUGGUUUCCAAAGACCGACCCAUUCAAAAUGUCACAAGACGAAAACCAAACCUAUUGUUGAUGCAGAACUUUGCUUUAGACAAAAUGGAAUGGCCAAAAUCUUAUACAAGCGAGAAGGUGCUGGUGCUAAUGACUUACACAGAAAUGAUGAACAGAAAAUGUGGAAGAGGAAACACUAUACAGAUACAGCCCAUACGGAUAUUCAAGCCUCGUGUAAGGAAUGGAAUUAGUAGCUUUGAAGUAAUCUGGAAUAAACCAGAUCACUACGUGUAUGCAGAUAAUCAUCUAACGGAAUGGAAGGACACCGUGAGAACAGUGGAGGAGGAGGCCCUUUUCCGAGCCGCAUACCCUGACCUUGUGGAUCGCUUCCUGGAGGAGAGGGAACAGGCUGAAAAGAGCAAGCUCAAACAAAAGAAACGUAACAAAAAGGAAGACAAGGAAUCCAACACUGGGCCUGAUGACGUUUCUGAUCUCUUCUCCAAAUUGAAUAUACACGGUUCCUCUACUGGCAAAGUAGAAGCAUCUGGCACCGACACAGUAGCCAUGGCUGACCACAGAAAUGCCCAGGAGUUUCUGAAUUGUCCACAAUCCUCUGACCAACAGAGGAACGUUAGCGAAAAACAUGACUUGACUGCCCCUCAGGGCAUUUGCAUGAAAGAGGUGGAGCCCAGCCCGUCUCCCGUUUCCUCUGAGAAGAUGCCGGCAACCGUGUCCUCGCCCUCGGUUUCUGCGGUGAUCGACGAGCUGCACUUGAGUGACAUCGACUGGGACGGCAUGUCUUUCAGCUCCGCUCAGUCUCCACAAGUACAAACUGAGCGUCCAUUGCCACCGACUACCAUUGACCUCCUCACACCGGUCAAAGGCCCGAGAGGCACUGCGGAGAAGGAAUGUUCGGCUCCAGAAACGGGAGACUCGGCUGGGCUUGAGCUUCCAGUCUGGCAAGCUGCAAGAGCACCUGAAUCACAGGCGACAGUGAAUCUGUCUAAGAUUCCUCUGAGGGAGAGAGUCCUUGCAAGAAACACCAUUAUGUCUAGUGGGACUCGUACUGACAUAGUGACAGCACAAACAAACCAGUCUACAAACACACCUGAAUGCACAGCUUUCAGGCCUGUACUUGCAUCCUCUGAAGACAGCGAUAUUGGCACACACUUAGGAGAGCAAGAGUUCACCUUCAAAAAAACAUUGACUAGUAAUUCUAAGAAUUUUCCCAGAGUUCAACAUUCCAGGCACCCAAUGAUAAAAACAGUUAAAACACAAAAGUCAACAGGCUCUGUAAGUACCAAACCCCUAUCACAGCACAAUUUUGUGAAAAUUAGUGGUGAUCACACCGCUUUGCCCCAACGAAGUCGCAGUGACCCGAGUGUUGGGGCAGGCCAUAAAAGUAGGACUCAGGCCGUAAAGAAGAGCGUCUGUAUUAGCGUGUGUUCGUCUAGUGAAAACAGCGAUGCAGAGAACAGACCAGUGAGAGAGCAAAAGAGGACAGUCAAGUCUAAAGCCAGGAAGCAGUGUCCAUACCGCUUUGAUUACAGUCUGAAGCCAACCAAAGUGACGGUGCUUCCAGGUUCAAACACUGUAGACCGUGAGCCACAGGCUUUGUGGUCAGACCAAGGCAAGAGUGGAUGUGCACCAACCAUAGAGAGAAACUGGGAGGCAGCUGAUGAUGGGGAAGUUUUUAUUGAAAACUCAAGUCAUGAAGUGAACAUGAACAAGGGAGAUGACUCUGUCAUUUCUGUUGAUAGCCCACUGCCUCUUGCAGAAAGACUUAAACUUAAGUUCAAGUAGAGGGAUCAAAACUGUGAUUUUCAAAAUGCAUGUACUCCAUUCCAGGAUUCCCAGAUGUAAAGAGAAUCUCAAAUGCAUUUUUUAAAACGUACUUUAAUUACUGUACUCUGUUAUUUAAGCAUUUUUAUUUUGGGUGAGAUUUGUCCAUAACUUCACAAGUUGUCAAUAAGAUCACACAUUGAUCACUGAUUUGUAAUCAGAUCCCGAUUUUGUGUUUAUAGUUUGGAUUAUUCUUAAUUUUUAUAUUCUUGUAUUUCAAGGAGAUCGUAAAAACCCUGCAUUACAUAGCAAAACUUAUGUUUUUCAUUUUCAUAUCUGAAAGCCAGUGCAUUCAGUGCAUGUCUGGAAGUGAGGGGUAACGUAGCCAUAACAUAUCUUAACAUAAAUAGAACUCCCAGAUCCAUUUUUACAUUCGAGGUACUGUGUGUACUGAUUUCAUCAGAUUUUUUAAAAAUAUAUAUAUUUGUACAUCUUUAAAAUACCAAUAACAUAUCUGCUUUUGAUUUGUAGAUCGCUACUACGUGUAAAUAUGAUUUGAGUAGCAAUUGUAGCCUGCACUUCAUUCUUCAGAACUGUGAAAAUCCAUUAAAAUGUUUAUCAUUAAAAAAUAACGGUAAAUC